GAUCCUAAUGACCCAAUCUGUCAUCGGGUCAUCACCACCUUGCCAGCCUUAUGGCACCAUCCAUGGCAGUUACGUGACCUUCCAUCGCCUAUGCAGGCUAGGUACUGUGCCGGCGGCACGCCUCGCGACGGGUGAUGCGUGCACUGCAAAACCUGCAAAGUCCUGCGGAGUUGCAAACAGCAAAUUUAUGCCGACUCUCAUACGCAAGCCCUGCUGGCCGAUGUAUGUACUGGCGCUGCUGCCAAUUGCCGAAUGCGGCAAGGGAGACUCUGUCCGUCAUGUCUCCCAUGCAUCUGUGAAUGUGCACUGGCCGUAAAACUAUCGGAACUUCCGAGUCGCAUCCGUGUCGCACACACCAAUUCAACAGAAUAUCAUUAUGAAACUCAGAAGGCUGUUCCACUCACAACUGGCCCGCAUGUG